AAGAAAUGAUCACGACUGCAGCGACAUCACAAAGUUCCGUUCUUUCACAAAUUCAACAUGUCUAAAAGAGGACGUGGUGGUUCCGCUGGGGCUAAAUUCAGGAUUUCCCUGGCCUUGCCUGUAGGAGCAGUUAUUAAUUGUGCCGAUAACACUGGGGCAAAAAACUUGUAUGUCAUUGCCGUACAAGGAAUCGGCGGUCGUCUGAACCGUCUCCCAGCAGCAGGUUCCGGUGACAUGAUUGUUGCUACCGUUAAGAAGGGUAAACCUGAGCUUAGGAAGAAGGUAAUGCCUGCGGUAGUUAUCAGGCAGCGCAAACCUUUCCGCAGGAAGGACGGUGUUUUCAUUUAUUUUGAAGACAAUGCGGGAGUCAUAGUCAACAACAAAGGAGAGAUGAAGGGAUCGGCUAUCACAGGACCCGUGGCGAAGGAGUGCGCCGAUUUGUGGCCCAGGAUUGCGUCAAACGCAAGCAGUAUAUCUUGAGACGUUUAUAAGUGAUAGUUUGUCAAAAAAAAAUGUAAAAUUUUAAGAUGAAUAUAUUCAUUCUUAAACUA